GGGGGAAUUUUGGGUGUUGUUUCUGAGAAGGUUUUUGAGAGCACUACCUUCCUCCUUUCGGUGUUUGUCGUAAGAGGCGUCCUGCUGAACGCAGCACCAGAGAGGCUGGCAGAGGUGAGGUUUGGAAAGAGUUCCAGGAUGAAGUCUUCCGUUCCAGCUCUUCUGAUCGUCUCCCUUGUGAUGUCCCUCAACAGCUACACCCAGCAGGCUCUUUACUGCCCGCCCCAGCCUGCUCCAGAAAAUAUCACAGAGUUUGUCUGCAACUCCCCAUCUCUCCAUGAAUUUCCCACCGGCUUCCCCGUACGAGCCAAAAUGAUCUCCGUUGAGUUCACCCAGGUCUCCAGCCUUGGCGUGGAAGCCCUCCAAGGACUUCCAAAGCUCCAGGAACUUCAUCUCUCCAACAACAGGCUGAAGACCCUUCCGAGUGGCCUCUUCCGUAACCUCCCGGAACUGCACACCUUGGAUCUGUCCACCAACCUCCUUGGAGAUCUACCUCCAGGCAUCUUCACCAACACAACGAGCCUGACGCAUGUAUCCAUCAGUGAAAACCAACUGGCUGAACUGCGCCGAUCCUGGUUCGAAACCCUGGAGAAUCUGAGGAUGCUGAGCCUUGACCACAAUCAACUGGAGGAGGUCCCGAUUUCUUGUUUCGAUAAGCUGAAGAAGUUGACUUUUCUAGAUCUCUCCUCCAACCGCCUCCAUCACCUCUCUCCAGACAUGUUCAGCGGCCUAGAGAAUUUGGAGAGGUUGAACCUGGGAAACAACCCAAUCCGAUGUAUUGCCCCGAGAUCCUUCCAUUGGAGACCCAAGCUGAGCAUGAUCUCCCUGAAUAACUGCAGCCUAACCAACAUCAUAAUUGGGGUCUUUCAGCCACUGGACAAUCUGGAGCUGCUGGACCUCUCCGACAAUGAUCUCACCACGCUGGAUCCUCCAGUUGCCAUCCCGUCUUCCAAACUCACUCUGGAUCUUUCAGGAAACCCUUGGGCCUGUGACUGCCGUAUGGAGAAUCUUCUAACCUGGGUCAAGGAACACAAGAUCCAUUUAUAUGCCGAGCGGGAAACGAUCUGCGCUUUCCCAAAGCUUUUCAAGGGUGAGGAGGCAACUUCGCUUCAAAAAUCCCAAAUUUGUCCCUGCUUUUGUCUGGAUUCUCCAUGUCUCAUCGAUCUCACUUGCCAUCUCAUCCUUUCCUAUUCCCAAAGCCUUUGCCCUAAAGUCUGCCAUCGUGUCUGGAUGAAGCCUUCAACUCCACCUCUUCUGAUCGCCUGCCUUGUGAUGUCCCUCAACAGCUACACCCAAAAGGUCCCUCACUGCCUGCCCCUUCCUGGCUCAGAAAAGACGGUUUUUAUCUGCAACGCUUCAUCGCUCCAUGAAUUUCCCAAAGGCUUCCCCAGUGAAACCAAGAAAAUCUCCGUUCAGUCCACCCAGAUCUCUGGCCUUGACGCGGAGGCCCUGCAGGGUCUUCCGGAGCUCCAGGAGCUCUAUCUGACCAACAACCAGUUGAAGACCCUUCCAGGUGGCCUCUUCCGUAACCUCCCACACCUGCACUCCCUGGAUCUUUCCAGAAAUCUCCUGGAAGAUCUACCUCCAGCACUCUUCACCAAUGCAGGUAACCUGACCUACUUAGCCCUCGGUGGAAACCAACUGGCCGAACUGCGCCGGUCCUGGUUCGAUACCCUGGGGGACCUCAAGACCCUGCAUCUCGAGCACAAUCAGCUGAAGGAGAUCCCGGAUUCUUGCUUCCGUAAGCUGACCCUGCUGACGUUCCUGGAUCUCUCCUCCAACCUCCUCCGCUGCCUCUCUCCAGAGAUGUUCAGAGGCCUCACGUUUUUAACGGCCUUACUACUGGAAAACAACCCCAUCAAGUCGAUUGCCCCCAACACCUUCCAUGGGACUCCCAAGCUGAAGAUGAUCUCACUGAGGAACAGCAGCCUGACCCAUGUUCCGCCUGGGCUCUUUCGGUUCCUGAGGUAUCUUCAAUGGUUGGAUCUUUCCAGCAAUGAGAUCGCCUCUCUGGAUUCUCCCUUGGUCUCUUGGUCUUUUGGACUCCUGCUCAAAAUCUCUGGGAACCCCUGGGCAUGUGACUGCCGCCUGCAGGCCCUCUUCGACUGGUUCCGGGAAGACUUCGUGCUUUUGUUCCCUAAUCUCCCCAAUGUGGUCUGUGCUUUCCCCAGAAGUUUGAAGGGUCAAAUUGCAACUUCACUUAACAGAUCCCAACUUUGUGCCUCCUAAAGCCUUCGAGACGGAUCUUUUCCCAGCCUGCUCAGCUGGUGUGCUGCAAGAUGGAUGGACUUCAACUCCCAGAAUUCCUAGGCCAACAUGUUUUCAGAUGAUUGGACUUCAGUCCCCAGAAUCCCCCAGCCAUCAUGUAUAAACUUCAAAUCCCAGAAUUCCUAGACCGGGAUGUUUUCAGAUGAUUGGACUUCAGUCCCCAGAAUCCCCCAGCCACCAUACAUGGACUUCAACUCCCAGAAUUCCUAGGCCAACAUGUUUUCAGAUGAUUGGACUUCAGUUCCCAGAAUCCCCCAGCCA